UGUCAAACCCCAAAAUUCCAUUUGAAAAAAGCCCAGCUGUUAGAGCCCCAUUUGUACCAAAACAAGCCCCCAGAGCCUAAAAUCCCCUUUUGGAACACAAACAAACAAGCAAACACCAAAACAUGCAGUCAGACUCCAAAUUCCAAUUUGAGGAAAACCCAGAUGCCAGACCCCAAAAUCCAUCUUUAGUCAAAAUAAGUUACCUGAUCCCAAAAUCACUAUUUGAGCAAAAUCAAGCUAUCAUACCCCAAAUUUCCCUAUCUGGAAAAGAACCCAAAUCCCAGCUGUCUGAUCCUAAAAUCCCUGUUUGGGCAAAUUGAAUCUCAAAUUCCUCAUUUCAGGAAAAAACAAGUUCUGAGAGGCUGAAAUUACUUAUUUGAGAGAAAAAAAAGAUAUUAAAACGUAAGAACCCAACAGUCAGAUCCCAAAAUUCCAGCUGAGUAAAUAAAACACGCUGUCGAACCCUCAAAACUUUCUCUGUGCAAAACCAAGCUGUCAAACCCCAAAAUUCCCAUUUGAAGAAAAAUAAAUGGUCUGACCCCGAAUUCCCUGUUUGAGAUAAAACAAGCCUCUGAACCCCAAAUCUCUAUUUGAGCAAACCCCCAAACCUUCCAAACCCACAAACCCCUAUUUGAGCAAACCCCCAAACCCCCUAAAUCCACAAACCCCUAUUUGAGCAAACCCCCAAACCUUCCAAACCCACAAACCCCUAUUUGAGCAAACCCCCAAAUCCACAAACCCCUAUUUGAGCAGAAACAAGCAACCAGACCCUAAAAUCCCCAUCUGAAAACAGAAAAAGGCAAACUCCAAAUCCUUAUUUCAGGAAAACCCAGCGUCCGACUCCAAAGUUCCCAUUUAAUCUAAACCAAACCAUCAGCCCCAAAUUCCCCUUUGAGGAAAACGAAGCCAACCCUUCCCAAAACCGCGAGCCGGGCACAAAGAGUUAAAGCUCCUGCGGGCUCUGUGGCCAAUCCCACCGAGCGAAGGGCAGCCCUUGGCCCCAGCCCAGCAGCAGGUUGCUCUGCUCAGGUAUUUUUUUGGACUUUUUCCCGGGACACCGAGCAGGGAAACAAUGAACUUGGCGCUCGGCGGAGGAUGGGGAGCUGCGGGAUGCGCCCCUGGGCUGCCCAGUGCCCCUGAGCUGUGCCUCCACCUCACCCCUACGCUGCCAUGGCCACGCUAGAGACGCUGCCCGUCCUCAGUGACCCGAGCUACCCCAGCCCGCAGAACUUCCCCGCCUUCGCCCCCCGCUACUCGCAGACCGUCCCCCAGGGCGCCAUGGGCAGCGUGGGCAGCGGCGUGGCCAACGAGCAGGAGUUCGCCAUGAAGAGCGUGGGCACGCGCACGCAGAGCGGCGGCCGGCAGCCCGACGGGCCCCGCAACGGCUACUCGGCGCGGGACGCCCCCGCCCGCUACUCCGGCGAGGAGAAGACCUACAAGUCGGAGAAAGUCUCCAACUCGCUCUACAUCAACGGCGACCUGCGCAAGGGCGAGAAGGUGAAGGUGGAUAUCUGCGGGAACGUGGCCGCCAACAACGAGAAGAACCUGCCGCCGCCUCCCCAGUACCGCGAGCCCAGUAACCCACCAAAGAUUUUGCCGAUUUCUGGCAAACUAGACCAGAGCAAUGAGCCCUUAGUUAGACCCUCAGCCUUUAAACCAGUAGUUCCUAAAAACUUCCAUUCCAUGCAGAACCUCUGCCCGCCGCAGAGCAACGGGAUGGCAGAGAACAGAAAGAGCUUGAACCACGCCAACAGCAAUAGCCCGUCCGCACCCAAGGGGGGGCUCGACAAGAGCAGCCUUAACAGGACUACAAACCAGGGCGGGGGGCUCUCGGAUUCGGGCCGUAACUCGCUGACGAGCCUGCCCACCUACGGGACGGGCUACAGCCAGCACGUGGGCCCCAUGAGCGCCUCCACCAGCCACAUCAACCGCAUCGGGACCACCUACGUGGAGAAGAACAUCGUGGGAUACAACGGGAUAUCUACCUCAGACAGCGGGCGGUCCUCGAGCAAGAGCACCUCGUCCUUCAGCAGGCUGAACCAUCUCAACGAAACGAUGCCUUUCCACUCGCCCUCCACCGACGACAUCAUCCAGGACCUGGAGGACAGGCUGUGGGAGAAGGAGCAGGAGGUGCUGCAGAUGAGGAGGAACUUGGACAAGAGCGAGGCGGCCAUCUUCCAGGUGUUCGAGGAGAAGCAGAAGAUUUGGGAGAGGGAAAUGGAGGACUUGAGGCAGAACUAUGCCAACAAGUUGCAGCAGGUCUCCAAAAAGGCGCAGCGGGCUCAGCAGGCUCUGCAGCUCCAAAUCUUCAAGCUCCAGCAGGAGAAAAAAAAACUCCAGGACGACAUGGGACAACUCCUCCAGCAACGAGAGGAGCUGGAGAAGAAAUUUGUGGCUUUCAAGAAGGAGCAGGCUGAGUUUCUCCCGAAGAUUGAAGAGACCAAGUGGGAGGUGUGCCAGAAGGCAGGGGAGAUCUCCCUGCUCAAGCAGCAGCUGAAGGACUCCCAAGCCGACGUCUCCCAGAAGCUCAACGAGAUCGUGGGACUGCGGUCGCAGCUCAAGGAAGGCAAGAACUUCCUACGGGAGAAAGAGGAGCAGAUCCUCACCCUGAAGGACUCCUACAGCUCCAAGAGCGUCAACCUGGAGAUCUGCGAGGGCGAGCUGCAGAGGAAGAUGAGCGAGGUCCAGGUGCUGAGGGAAAAACUGAACCACUGUGAGCUGGAGGUCUCCGGCCUGAAGCGGACACUUGCCAGCAUGGCACCCCCGGCGGGGCCUUUCGGGGGGGAGCUCGGGGAGAAGCUGCGGGACCCGCUGGCCUGCGAGAGCGACGAGGCCAAGAUGCAGCGGCAGAGCGAGGACAGCGUGAACAGCCUGCGCAGGGAGCUGGAGCGGCUGCAGACGGAGCUGAAGCUGGAGCGGCAGCAGCGGGAGCAGCAGGUGAUGGACUUCGAGGAGGAGCGGCGCACGUGGCAGGAGGAGAAGGAGAAAGUCAUCAAGUACCAGAAGCAGCUGCAGCUGAACUACGUGGAGAUGUACCAGAAGAACCAGCUCCUGGAGCACAAGGUCAACGAGAUGAACACGAAGGCCACCAGCCCCCCGCACACCGAGGAGAAGAAGACAUGGACUCCCUCCAGACUCGAGCGAAUAGAGUCCACCGAGAUCUGAGCAGGGACCCAGGUGACCCCACGGAAUCUUUCAUCGCUGUGCAUGUACUACCUACUCCAGCCAGUGAUCUUCCGAAGGACAGCGCGGUGUGAGCGCGCUCCCACCAGGCUCCAUCACCCUCACUCUCCACUUCUGUGCUCUGUAGGUAAAACAACUGUGGAUGUGCGUUGGUUUUCUAUCGAUAAUGCGGCAUCUCGCCUGGGUUUUUUCCCAGUACAGCUGGUGAGGGUCAAUCGGCUCUUUUGUAAUCUGCCCUGACUGUUACUUUGCUAGAGGCUGCCACCCCCUCUCCUACAAUUCACCCUGCUUCGGUUGGUUGUUUUGGAGGGUUGAGUUAGGUUUCUUUGGUUUUCCAAGCAUUUACGUGCAGCAAAACAGUUCAAAGUGGCAGGUUUGUUGGUUUUUUGGUUUUGUUUUUUUUUUUCCAGGAUGUUUUUAGCCACAUUGGCUAAUGGAGCAAAGCUCUCGGGAUCAUGAGCAAACUCAAGUGUUCUGCAUCAAGUAUCCUGUCUAGACGGUGGUCUUAGUGAAGUCAGUGCGAGCUUGGCCACUGAUUUCAGUGAAACCAGACAUCUCUCUACCAGACGACUCCCUCUUGCCUUGCAAGAGGUUAGGGCAUCCUUGAGGAGCAGGAUGAGCCUGUCCUGGCAACAGAAGCCAACAAGGAAUGAUGUCCCAGCAGGAGCCUCUCUGGAGGCUCAGCACAGCUUAAUAAAUGCUGCGUUUUCACUUCCUUGUGGUUUCCUCCUGCAGUUCCACUCCUCUCCCAGGUUGUGACCAACCCUGGGAGCAGAAAUACCCUCCCACCUCUGCCUUGGUCCCUUUACUCUUACUCUAUACCCCAGCUGGCUACAGCAAGAAAAAAGCCUGGAAAUCUGAGCUGGUUUCCCUUCCCAGCAGCCCUCUUACUUCCCAAAGUCAAUGGAAUCAAGGUUUGGAGAAGCCUCCAAACCCACGGGAUGUUUAUGCAAACUGAAGCUUUAGCAAUCUGCCCCAAAAGUGGGCGGCUGUGCCACCCUGUCCCCAAACGAGUGACACCUUGGUGCACUCUCUUGGUCCAGGGUCUGCUUAAAAACAGCACUCGAGCCUCACUCAGGAGUUGCAGGGGCGGCACAGCAGCAUCACAGCUGGAUUGCAACCAUCAGCCUUCAGUACUGCCAUUCCAAACAGAGCCCACAGGCAUCCCACACUCCAGGGGUGGAGAUAACAACUCCAGGAAAAUACUCAAGAAAAUACUCAGCUACUAGCUGUGAGCAUGAAAGAACUCAUAAGAGGGGAAAAUGCUUAAGAUCACGCAAG